UUUUUUCUGAUGGCACAGGGUGGCUUAGACCUAAGACAUCAAUUCAAAAAUUUUUCAAAAUUCAUGGACGAAGAAUCAGAUGGAACUACCAUAGGAAUAGUCCAGGUCGAUAGAUGGUUGCACCAGGCUAAUAUAAUCGACAUGGACAUGGUAACCACUACCCAUACAGGUGUUUGUUUCAACAAGUUCAAAACCAGACGGUUAACGUUCAAAAUGUUCCAAGAUUUCCUGAUAGAUUUGGCGAACGAAGUGGGUGGUAACUACGACGAAUUCAAGGAAAAACUGGAAAAUUGUGGUUUGCCUGGUACUGCUAAGAAGGGCGAUGUUGUAAAGAAGGAUUGAUUUUCUUGAAUAAAUUGAAAAAAGGGUUGUCUCAUC